CUCAGCAGCAGCAGCAGCAGUCAGCAGCGCGCAGUGAACCGCUCCUGAAGGAUUCUUAACUUUUUAUUUUCCGUGUAAUUUGAGGUGAAGCUGUUGUGAGAUCAGCCUGCUGAGGUUUAAUAUCACAUUCAGCGAAGAGUAGAAACUUUGACUGAGACUUCUCUGGAUGAUUUUACCGUCAGCUGAGCCGUGUGCAGCAGGUGAAGAACCGUUUCAGAGAUCAACAACCAGCUCAGAGUGAAGUGAAGCUGACACACACAGGUGAUCCCAGAGCAACUCGUCCAAAUCCAACUCUGCUCUCUCCCAUGGCUGCCAACGACACCCCUCAGGGCUGCGGCCCUAACGUGGACUCCCUCUACUACAACCUGUGUGACCUUUAUGCCGUGUGGGGCAUCGUGCUGGAGGCCUUCGCGGCAGCUGGCGUCAUCUUCUCCUUUGUGCUUUUCCUCUCACUGCUGGCGAGUAUUCCCUUCACACAAGACAAGAAUCGCAAGAGCUCUGUGGCUCUCAACGCAUGGUUCCUGGUUUGCACCACCGGUCUCUUCUGCCUCACCUUCGCCUUCAUCGUGGCGAAGGACUUCUCCACCUGCGCCUCACGGAGGUUCCUCUUCGGGGUGCUGUUUGGCGGCUGCUUCGCCUGCCUCCUGAUGCAGUGUGUGAGGUUGAAUAUCCUUGCCAGGCGGAACAGCGGGCCCCGGGCUUGGAUGUUAUGUCUGGGGGCGUUGGGGCUGUGGCUGGUGGAGGUGGUCAUCAACACUGAGUGGCUGAUCAUCACAGUGGUGCGUCACCCACAGGGGCCGCUCAACGCCACAGCCGAAGCCAGCAGAGCCACGGCUACGCCUUGCAACAUCGCCAACGAGGACUUCGUCAUGGCGCUGAUCUACGUGAUGACCCUGAUCCUGGCUGUGGUGGUGGCGAGUCUGGCCAUCAUGGCGGGCAAACACAGUCAGUGGAAGAAGGAUGGCGCCUUCAUCCUUAUCACCAGCCUGUUCUCUGUGUGUAUCUGGGUGGCGUGGAUCGUCAUGUAUGUCUACGGGAAUGAGAGGAGUGGGGGGCCCACAUGGGAUGACCCCACCUUGGCCAUCGCCCUGGUGGCGAACGCGUGGACGUUCCUCAUCCUCUACACCAUCCCUGACAUCUGCAGUUUGACCAGUGAUGAUGAAAGCCAGCAAAGCUUUGGGGAGAUUGUGUACCCAAACCGAGACGUCGGCUACGAGACGAUCCUGAAGGAGCAGAGCUCCCAGAACAUGUUCAUGGAGAAUAAGGCUUUCUCCAUGGACGAACCAAACCAAGCGUCCAAGCCUGUGUCUCCAUACAGCGGCUACACGGGUCAGCUGCGUGGGUCAGUCUACCAGCCCACUGAGCUGGCUCUCAUCAGCAAAGCAGUGGGAAAUCAGCCGCCGGACGUGUCCUAUGACAUCAUCAUUCCCAGAGCCUCCGCCAACUCUGCAGGCAACAGCGGGAGCAGCACCCCCUCGACACACACCGAGACUGCCAGCACUGCGUACGCACAGACAAACGGAAAUAGCGGGAAUGGUCUGCAUAGGACGUCCCAGUGGUGAACACGCUGCUCCUCUCAACACCUCGUCACAAUAACUUCACGUCUGUUCAUCUUCACUCUCUGACUGUAUGUUUGCUGUUCUCCAUGGUUCCCUAAGCUGGUUCUGAGAGGAACCCUCUGCCCAGACAUGUGGAGGUGAACACCAGGUCACCCCCGCUGAUGGAAAACACCUAAACCUUCUAUUGACUGCUUUCCAAUGUGCCGCUGGGUAUCAGACAGUAUAGAGCUUCAUUUGGAAGUCAAAGCGAGGGGAUGAAGCCGCGGCUUUGCUGCACAACAAAGACUUUUUGCAGUGGUCGCUCUGAGCUCUCUGCUGAAGAGUGACGGUGCUGACGAGACAAAAAUGACUGAAGAGAAUAGUUUGACUAAAUACUGGGAGUGUCUUUGGCCCACAAUGAUAUCCACACACACACACACACACACACACACACGUGUUAAAGUGCACCCCCUCCUAAACACACCAUAACCAAACUGUCACUGCAGCGGCAGCACCGAAGAAACAUUCUUUACCCAGUUUGGCAUGAACACAACACGGACUGAAAAUAAGACACACUGUCAGAAAUAAUUCACUGAUAUAAAACAAAUACUGAGCACAGACAAGUUUAAUUAUCGGAGUCUGUGUCUAUUUUUGUGCCUGGAUUGUGAAUAUUGUUAAUAACCACAGAGUUCACAUGUAAACUUGAGCUGCUGGUGUUUAAUUCAUGUAAAUAUGUUGUUAAUGUGUGAUGACACUGCAUGGAAGCAUUGUAUGAAUAUGCAUAUUUAACACUAUUUAUAGCACCUCUGUGUGCUUUCUCAUUAUUUAAUCUAAUUUCUACCAAUCAAACGAUCAUGAGAACAGAGAGCUGAAAUCACACGUGCUUCACUAACUUAUGAUUCUCAAUGUGAACCAGAACAUGAUACCAGCAGGGCUGCAGCGAUAAACCAGUUUAAAGGUAUAAAGUGAUAUAAAAAUUGACGGCUAUUCUCAUAAACCAUUUAUACGUUUUCCUAUGAAAGGUAACACACCCCAGUAUAACGCAUAAUCAUGGGCCAGUAAUUCUACAUAUUAUAGAAGGCUGCGAUCAUGUGACCAAUGCGCUGAUGGGAGUAAACAAGGAAGUGGUUGUCUGCAGUUUUGUAAAGAGGGAGGUUGGGGUGGAGGAUGGGUCAUAAAACCACAGACUCUCCCCUUGGACUUUUCCCAGGUGAUGCAUGUUUGGAACCGUUUGGACUCUGAGUCAUUUCAAGGUACGUCCUGGCCAUGUUUCUUUGACUAAAUCUCCGUACAUUAUUUAUGUAACUUUACAUUAAGGACGUAACGUAAUUCAUGGGGCGCUAGGGCUGCAGUUGAAGGAGAUGUGAAUGGAAACACAUCCAACAUAUACGAACAUCAUCCAGAUGUGCUGAUCACAGGGAUGAGGAAAAAACAUAGCAGAGGCCAGCUCCAGCGUUGCCAGGUGGGAAAUGUAGGAUUAUCGAACCAGAGACUCAAAUUUUGAGGGAAAUUAUCGUACAUGCGUCGUAACCAAAAUAACAAUCCUA